AUGGACUUGAAAAUAAGCGAUCAAUGCCCAGUUUAUGCAUCGUUUUUCGGACACGCUGGAGUUGCAGCAGCGAUGAUCUUUAGCUCUAUUGGUGCUGCUUAUGGGACAACAAAAGCUGGAAUUGGAAUUGCUGGUGCCGGAACUUUUAGACCUGAGCUUAUUAUGAAGUCGCUUCUACCUGUAAUUAUGGCUGGUAUUAUUGCUGUUUAUGGACUUGUUAUAUCUGUUUUGAUAUGUGGAUCGUGUCUUACAGUAGGCCUUGCAGGUUUGGGAGCAGGUUACUCAAUAGGAGCUGUUGGUGAUGCUUUUGUUAGAGCUUAUGCACAACAAACGAGACUUUUUGUUUCAAUGAUUUUGAUGUUAAUUUUUGCCGAAGUAUUGGGUCUUUAUGGAUUAAUUGUUGGCUUGAUUCUUAAUACUAAGGCCAGGCGAUCCUUUGAAAAGUUCAAAGAGAUCAAGACCCAAUGUGUUCUUGCAAAGCAUCAGUUUUCUCGGAAUGCGUGA